GUUUGAACUAUGGCUCCACCCUACGUUUGUGUAUCGGAUUUUGAGGAAGAAGCCCAUGACAUUUUAGACAAAAAAGUAGUUGACUAUUAUCGGAGUGGUGCCGGUGAAGAAGUUUCAUUGAAUUUAAAUCGUCAAGCAUUUCGAAGAUUGCGCAUACGUCCUCGUUGUCUGAGAGAUGUUUCCUCCUUGGACACUACAUGUGAAGUUUUGGGUUACAAAUUAAAAUGGCCUGUGGGUAUUGCACCGUCCGCUAUGCAAAAAAUGGCUCAUAAUGAUGGUGAGGUUGGUAAUGCAACGGCUGCCGGUGAAAUGGGUUCAAUUUUUAUUUUAAGCACAUUAUCCACAAUACCGAUUGAAGAAGUUGCCCUGAAGACUCCAGACACGUGUAAAUGGUUCCAACUUUAUGUCUACAAAGAUCGCUCCCUUACUGAAUCUCUUGUAAGACGUGUUGAGAAGGCCAAUUUCAAAGCCCUUGUACUUACCAUCGAUUCUCCAGUUUUCGGUCAAAGAUGGACAGACGCCAGAAACAAAUUUAGCCUGCCAACUCAUUUACAGUUGGCCAAUUUCCAAUCAUCGGCAUCGGAUAUGAGAACCACCAGUGAAGGUGGCAUGUCAGCUGUACAUGAAUAUGUUACGAAUCAAUUCGAUGCUACCCUUACCUGGAAAGAUGUUGAAUGGCUGGUGAAGUUGACACAUUUGCCUGUGGUGGCCAAAGGUGUCCUAACUGCCGAAGAUGCUGUAUUAGCUCGUGAAUUUGGUUGUGCCGGAGUUAUUGUCUCAAAUCACGGUGCUCGACAUUUGGAUUCUAUACCGGCCAGUAUUGAGGCACUCCCAGAAGUUGUUCGGGCUGUGGGUAACGAUAUUACCGUCAUGUUUGAUGGUGGCAUCCGACAAGGCAAUGAUAUCUUUAAAGCUUUGGCGUUGGGCGCCAAAAUGGUAUUUGUGGGCAGAGCUGCACUGUGGGGUUUGGCUUGUGGUGGCACAGCAGGUGUUAAGGAAAUGAUGCGUGUGUUGAAACGUGAUUUAGAAAUAACAAUGGCCCUGGCAGGAUGUCAGACAUUAAAUGAUAUUCAGAGGAGAAAUGUUGUGCAUGAAUGUGAAUAUGCUAAAUUGUAAUAAUU